CAUUGUUGACAUUUCGAAACAGCUGUUGUACGUGUUUAUGUAUCGAGUUAGGAAAAUUUUAUAGAAAAAUUCAGAGUUCUUUCCGAAAACUUAUUUGGAUACACCAAGCAGCCGCAAUAGUAUCAACAACAGCGAAAACGUAAAUAUGCCUGAAGCUCGCAACCCAUUGGAAGCUUUUUCCAAUGCUGUUUAUGAUAUGUUCGAUAAGCCAGUAACGUGGUUUAGAGAAAGUAUCGUUGAACCGAAUCAAAAAAAAUAUCCAUGGUAUCAUCAACAAUAUCGCCGCGUACCCACCAUCGACCAGUGCUAUACUGAUGAUGUGGUGUGCCGAUUUGAAGCCGAUCAACAGUUUCGUCGUGAUCGGAUGGUGGACAAUGAAGUCGUCUCUAUUUUACGACAACGUUUCGAGGACUGUACGAUGUAUGAAGCCCCAGAUCAUCUUGAGAAGUGUAAAGAAACUUUAGAACAAUAUGAAAAGGCAGCUGAAAAUUGGUUUAUCAAAUAUGGCGAUUUGGGUGGUUAUGCGAAUGCGAAGUCAGCUUAUAUGAAGCAAAAACAUCGUUUAAUUUGGGAGCGCCGUUAUGGCCCAGUUGGUACCGGCAAAAAUAAACGUGAGGAAGUGCCUGAAGAGUAAUUCGGUUUAUUUUCUUAAUAAGAAUAGCAAAAAUGUAUAGAAGCGAUCAGCACGAGUAAAACACCAAAUCUAUCAAUAGAAAAAUUGGAGAUUUUUCA